CUUAUUAAUUACACCAAAACUAGACCCACCGGUAGAAAGAGUGGACCCGAGGAAUCCUCAUCAUCCCUUUCAAAAACGUGGCGGCCCAUGUGCGGUUCGAUAGAUCACAGAGAGGCAUCUAUUAAUUCCGGGUCGGCCCCAAUUUUUCCAAGGGCUUCAAGGGUACUUUGAAUAAAUCAGUGUCACUGUUACUCCUUCCCUCUUCAUCCCACAUGGUACCAUUCGAAAAAUCUAGCAAAUGGGUUUGUGGUUUUGAUUCUUUUUGAGGAGUUUUUUGGGAGAAACAUUGAUGGGUUGAAUUGAACUUGUGUUGAGAAGAACUUUCCCAUUGGCUUGGUUUUUGGGUUAUUUGUGUAAAAGCAACAAUGGAAGGGAAAUCAUCAGCUAGUAGUAAUUUGAUUCCUGGUGGUGAUGGUGGUUCCUACAGUUUUUUAGGGUUACAAGGAUCAAUGCAAGUAAACCAACACCAAAACCUGCAUUCAUUUCAAAGAUUUUUGUCGCUUCCUGAAAAAAAUGUUAUGCCUCUUAGGGCUAGUAAAAUGCAAGAAACUGAUCAACCCGUUUCAUUUCUCAAUUUUGAUAACAAGGUUGGGAGGGUGAAAAUUUCUGCUAGUGAUGAUGAUGGUUCGAAUGUCGUGGAACGAGGUGUUGAUGGGAAAAAGGAGUUCGCUUGGCACCGUGUAAAAUGGACAGAUGAAAUGGUAAAGCUCUUGAUAACUGCUGUUUCUUAUAUAGGAGACGAGGCUACAUUUGAUUUUAAUGGCGGUGGAAGGACUUCUAUGUCAGCAGUUUUACCAAAGAAAGGGAAAUGGAAGUCUAUUUCGAAGGUCAUGGAUGAGAGGGGCUAUCAUGUUUCGCCUCAGCAAUGUGAGGAUAAAUUUAAUGAUCUCAACAAAAGGUAUAAGAGACUGAAUGAUAUACUCGGGAGAGGUACUUCUGGCCAGGUUGUUGAAAACCCGACACUUUUGGACUCAAUGGACCUAUCCGAGAAAGCAAAGGAUGAUGUGAGGAAAAUUCUAAGCUCAAAACAAUUGUUUUACAAAGAAAUGUGCUCGUAUCACAAUAAGAAUAGGUUGUACCUUCCUCAUGAUCAGGCUCUUCAGCAAUCAUUGCAGUUAGCUCUUAUAAGUAAAGACAAUUUUGAGCAUUAUGAGUUGACAACGCUCCACAAACCUGAUGACCUUGAUGAAGAGGAUCAAGAUUCUGCAAGUGAUGAUCGAAGUGGAAAAGCUGAAGAGGGUCAUGCUAUUUGUAACAGUAAUGGGAGGGAAUUUGAUUUUCCAGGGGUCUCCGCAAAGAGGAAGAAACGAGAGGAGGAAGAAAACAAAGUUGUGGGUUCUGGUAAUGCCUUGAAUUUAUUGAGUCCUGUUCCUCAUCCCGUGACCAAUUUUGCCAAUGUGAAUCAAGAACGGUUUCAGAAUCGAUGGAUGAUGUCUCGAUCGCUGCGGUUGGAAGAGCAGAAGUUGAAGAUUCAGGCCCAGAUGUUGGAGUUGGAAAGGCAGCGGUUAAGGUGGUAUAGAGUUAAUGAGCAAGAAGACAUGGAGCUCGAAAAGAUGAGGAUGGAAAAUGAGCGUAUGAAGCUUAAAAAUGAGCGUUUGGCGUUAGAAAUCAAACGCAGAGAAAUGGGUGCUGAUUACAACUGAAUGCAUGUUUUUGCAUUUUCAUGCAGGUGCAUUCCCAUGCAGGUGCAUUGCUGCCCAACUAAAAUUUCGCUUUCACAUCUAAAUUUAGUUUAUACAUGGAUUGUGGUAUGCAGUGCAGUGAAUAGUCUUCAGUAGGUCAUAGGGCUUUUGGUUUUCCUACCUAUGGCUAAUUUUAUGGCCUUGGGUCUUGAUAGAUUGUUGCAGGAGUUUAUCAUGUUUCUUGUUUGUGGUCUCCCUAUUGAAUGCACAUAAGUUAUAGUUUUGGCUUUCCUUUAUAUGAAUGUACCUUACAUACCAGAUUGUGUAUCUUAUUUGGGAUUUGUUUAACAUUUGGGGU